UCAGACCACCCACCGACCCCAUACCCCUCUAAAAACAAUGUACAAGAGGAAAGCCUCAGCCUCAGGCAUUGAAACUUCUACAUGCGACUCUAAACGGCCUCGCUACUGGUUGAGGAUGAACAGAGACACCAAUCUUGCUACUGAGUCCACCAGCUCGCACAACUACCAUGGUGUAAACGCCACACCUAUUCCACCUGAUAUUGAUGAUGGUCAAGUUUCCACUAGCACGAAGGACAGGCAAAUUUGGUUAGAGGCUGAGGAAGUUGCGUUGAUUGCGUAUAUAACUAGCAAGCGAAGUGAGGGUGGAGAUGGGAUGAAUUUCCCAAAGAAAUUCUGGCCGAAGGCUGCUGUGGAAUUCAAUCAGAAUAUACAAAAGGAUCAUGUAGUUGGCCCUGCAAAGGAAGGCAAGCACUGCUCUAGCAAAUGGGGAAGGUUGCGAUCUACCUACAAAGUCGUCACAGCGUUAUCAGAGCAAUCGGGCUUUCAUUGGGAUGAUACUAAUGGUGCAGAUAUCACAAUUGAAAGCAACACUGUAUGGGAGGAGUACCUCAAGACACCAGGGUUUUCGCAACAAGGGUUGGGUCCAUGUCAAAGCAAUGGACAAUCUCAUAUCUGAGCG